AUGGUUAAAGCUAGUUUGUUAGCAGUAGCUUUUGCUAUUUUGCAAUUUACUGAAGCAACUGUCAAGAAAACAACUACAACUUCAAAAAAGACAACUACAACUUCAACAAAGGCUGCUUCAACUCAUGCAGCUGUUGCAACAGCAAUUGAAAAGGAUUAUUAUGAUUUUACAAAAGAUAUUUCGUUAGCUAUUGAUUAUUAUGACUGUGCUGGUAAACUUAUAACUUAUGAAGCAUUUACAAUUGAUGAAAUUGAAAAAUCAUUAACAUCAACAGGACAAACUACAACAGAAUCAACAAAAGAUACUGAUACAAAAGUUGAUGAUAAAUCCACCAAAACACAUCGUAAAAGAGCAACCAAGUAUGUUCCAAGUGUUGACUUCAAGGUUUCAAAAGUUGAAAAAGUGGAUGCAAAAAAUUGGAAAAUUGAUUAUAAAUUAAAUACACUUAAGGAUGCUUCUAAAAUGGUUGAAUUUUUAGCAUCAACAGAUUUAACAGUAGAAGCUAAAUCAUGUGGUUCAUCAAUUCUUGGAGAUGUAAUACAAUUAUUUGGUAAAAAUUCAAAAUCUACUUAUAAAAAUGCUUUUAACAUGGAUGGUACUAUUAUAGUUAAUCCUUCAAUUCAUGGAGAUUAUUAUUGUUUACCUGAUGAUUUCGGAUUUGAAUAUAAAAUUUCAAGUUUUUCACUGUUAUGGCCACAAAUUUUUACAAAUCAAUAUAAAUAUACUGUUGAUAAAAAACAUGAAAAACUUACAAAAACUGGUAAAAGAUCAAUUGAAGAAAAUACUAAGUUAAAUAAAAGAACUAUAGUACCAAAUGUUUAUAAUGAAAUUAUUGUUGAUUGGGCCGAAUGGACUGGUUUUUACACUAGUAAUUUAGAAAUUAAUAAUUAUUGUUGGAAAAUUCCGGUUUGUGAGGAAAUUAAAGCAGAGUCAAGUACAAGUCAAGUUAAAACAACUGAAGCUAAAACAACUGAAGCUAAAACAACUGAAGCUAAAACAACUGAAGCUAAAACAACUGAGGUUAAAACUACUGAAGCUAAAACAACUGAAGCUAAAACAACUGAAGCUAAAACAACUGAAGCUAAAACAACUGAAGCUAAAACAACUGAAGCUAAAACAACUGAAUCCAAAUCUACUACCUCAUCAUACAUAAUUGAACCAACUACCGUUGUCAAAGACAAAGAUUACUAUGAUUACACAAAACAAUAUUCAUUAAAUGUUGAUUAUUACGACUGUUAUGGUAAUGUUGUUUCUUAUGAAGCAUUUUCAUUAGAUGAAAUUGAAAAAGCAGUCAAAUCUACAGAGGAAAUUACAAAAGAAGUUGAAUCAAAAGUUGAUGAUAAAUCAACAAAAGAUCAUCAUAAAAGAACAACCAUUAAAACUUCUGAAUUACAAAUAAACGAUGUUAAAUAUGUUCCAUCUGUUGAUUUCAAAGUUUCAAAAGUAGAAAAAAUUGAUUCCAAAAAUUGGAAAGUCGAUUUCCAAUUAGCUUCACUCAAAGAUCCAUUUAGAAUGAAAGAUGUUUUAGGAUCUUCUGACUUAAGUAUUGAAGCUAAAUCAUGUGGUUCAUCAAUUCAAGGUGAUACUGUUCAAUUAUUUGGUCAUAAGUCAGCACAUACAUUUGAUACUGCUUUUAGUAUUGACGCUACAAUUUUAGUUAAUCCAUCAGUUCAUGGUGAAUACUAUUGUUUACCUGAUGACUUUGGUAUUGAAUAUAAAAUCAUGAGUUAUUCACUUUUAUGGCCACAAGUGUUUUUGAAAGAUUUUAAAUAUACUGUUGAUAAAGAUUAUAGUAAGCUUUUGAAAAAUGGUAAAAGAACUGUUAAAACAACAACAACAAAAGAAGAAACCAAAGAAGAAACCAAAGAAGAAACCAAAGAAGACAGUAAAGAGAUUAUAACUACUGGUGUUACUAAUAUUGUCAUUGUUGAUUUAGCUGAUUGGGAAGGAUAUUAUACUGAUAGCUUGCAAAUCAAUAAUUAUUGUUGGAAAGUGCCAGUAUGUGAAGAAAUUAAAGAAGAAACAGCAAGUUAUUCAUCAACUGAAAUUGAAACUAAACAUAAGACUACUAAGUUUGAAACUACUUCAACGACAGAGACUUCUACUACCCCAGAACCAAUCACCACUGAUAACUCCACAACUCCAGAAUCAACUACAAGUGAAUAUUCUACUACACUGGAACCAAUAACAAGUGAAGAUUCUUUAACAACUCCUGAACCAAUCACUAGUCAAGAAACAGUCUAUGAGGAGGAAGAAUGUACAUCUGAAGAAGAGUCCACAAGUAUUGAAGCUUUACCAACAACAUAUACAACCGAAGAAGUUGAAUCUACAAGUGAGAUAAUAAUAUACACAACAGAAGAGCUCAAGUCUACAAGUGAAAAAAUAGUAUAUACAACUGAAGAAGUAGAUUUUACCACAGAAGAAGAAUCCACUAAUAUUGAAGUUGUACCAACUACAUAUACAACUGAAGAGGUAAAAUCUACAAGUGAAGAAAUAAUAUAUACAACUGAGGAAGUAAAUUCUACAACUGAAGAAAUAAUUUAUACAACUGAAGAAGUAGAAUGUACAACCGAAGAAGAAUCCACAAGUAUUGAAGCUUUACCAACUACAUAUACAACUGAAGAAAUAAAAUCCACGAGUGAAGAAAUAAUAUAUACAACAGAAGAAGUGAAUUCUACAAGUGAAGUAAUAAUUUAUACAACUGAAGAAGAAUCCACAAGUAUUGAAGUUGUACCAACUACAUACACAACUGAAGAGGUGAAAUCUACAAGUGAAGAAGUAAUAUAUACAACUGAAGAAGUAGAAUGUACAACUGAAGAAGAAUCCACAAGUAUUGAAGCUUUACCAACUACAUAUACAACUGAAGAGGUAAAAUCUACAAGUGAAGAAGUAAUAUAUACAACAGAAGAAGUGAUUUCCACAAGUGAAGAAAUAAUAUAUACAACUGAAGAAGUGAAUUCUACAAGUGAAGAAAUAAUUUGUACAACUGAAGAAGAAUCCACUAGUAUUGAAGCUUUACCAACUACAUAUACAACUGAAGAGGUAAAAUCUACAAGUGAGGAAAUAAUUUAUACAACUGAAGAAAUAGAAUGUACAACUGAAGAAGAAUCCACAAAUAUUGAACUUGUACCAACUACAUAUACAACUGAAGAAGUAAAAUCUACAACUGAAGGAGUAAUAUAUACAACAGAAGAAGUGAAUUCUACAACUGAAGAAAUAAUUUAUACAACUGAAGAAGAAUCCACUAGUAUUGAAGCUUUACCAACUACAUAUACAACUGAAGAGGUAAAAUCUACAAGUGAGGAAAUAAUUUAUACAACUGAAGAAAUAGAAUGUACAACCGAGGAAGAGUUCACUAGUAUUGAAGCUUUACCAACUACAUAUACAACUGAAGAGGUGAAAUCUACAAGUGAAGAAGUAAUAUAUACAACUGAAGAAGUAGAAUGUACAACUGAAGAAGAAUCCACAAGUAUUGAAGCUUUACCAACUACAUAUACAACUGAAGAGGUAAAAUCUACAAGUGAAGAAGUAAUAUAUACAACAGAAGAAGUGAAUUCUACAAGUGAAGAAAUAAUUUAUACAACUGAAGAAGUAGAAUGUACAACCGAAGAAGAAUCCACAAGUAUUGAAGCUUUACCAACUACAUAUACAACUGAAGAAGUAAAAUCCACGAGUGAAGAAGUAAUAUAUACAACUGAAGAAAUAAAAUAUACAACUGAAGAAGUAAAGUCUACAAGUGAAGAAUUAGUCAUUCCUACUAUAACAACAACCCCAGAAUUAUUAACCACUGAGGCUUAUGAAGAAUUGGAAUGUCCAACAGAGGAAGAGUCAACAUUUACUACAGAAUUUUUAGAAAGUAUUCACGUUGCAGAGGAAACAAGCACAGAAGAAGAAAUUAUUACUACAACCGAAGAAGUCUUUACAACACCAGAACCAACAGUUCCAGAAAUACCAUUUACCACCGAAGAAGCAAUCAAAACUGAGGAACCAAUUGAUAUUUACAUACCAGAGGUAUCUGAAACUACUGAAGAAAGUAUCUCAAGUAUUAAAACUACUUCAUUAUCUACAUCUAAAGAACCAGCUGUCACAACUUAUGUUCAAUCAAGUACUAAAGACGUUGAAGAACAAAUCAUUGAAUCAGAAAUAAUAGAAAUUUUUAGUUUAUUUGAAUCCAUUAUUGAAGCUACAACUACUAUUGAAAUUAAAUCAGAGAUUACUAGUGAAGUUGGUCAUGUUGAAGCAUCUAUUGUUCCAGAGACUUACUCAUAUUCAAUUGGUGAACCCACCUUCACAUCAUUUACCACUACGGUUAUUGAAACAAAAACAUCAACAUCGCUUGAAGCUGAAGUUGUAAAAGAAACAAUAACAACAAUUGAAGAAGGUACAAGUUAUACCACUAUAACAAUCACUAGCUAUUCGACAAUAUCUGAAGCUAUUAAAUCAACAGCAAUUGGUACUACCACUUUGUUUGAAGUUUAUGAAACACAAUAUGUCGAUAAUGAGGAUGAUGAAGAAGAUGAAGAUGAAGAAGAUUAUGAAUGUGAUACAUCUGUUAAUGAGAUAAAUGAAGAAGGAGUAGUCUCACAAUACAUUAGUGUCGAAACUAUAGUCGAUGAAGAUUUAACAACAACAAUAACAAAAACAAUUGAUGUCACAGUCACUUCAUAUCCUGCAUCAACUACACUCGUUCCAACUACAGUUGUUGCUGUAACAGAACCAGAAGCUCAAUCUUAUGCUAGUUCAAGUGCUGAAACUGUAUCAGUUCCUAUUGAAAGUGAAUAUACCGGUUCAGCAAAUAAAUUAAAUAAUCAAUUAUUUGCAUUCAUUGCUAUGUCUUUAGCUUUAUUCAUUUAA